AUGCGUUAUCGGGGCACCGCCUACAAGAACCUGCCGCGCAGGCUGAAGCGCCUGAGCACGCACAUUCGCAUCAUGACCCUCAAGGACCACGGCGACGAUCGGUGCUCCAUCCUGGGCAGUUCCCAGAUCGUGCCCCGGAUCCUGGCAUCGUCCGACAGCGCUGAGCUGGUGGUGACAGCCCGCUGCAACUACUGUGCCAGCCCGCAGCCCGCCACCGUCUGUGAUGGUUGCCACGAGGCCCAAUACUGCUCAGCCGGCUGCCGCGACAAGGACACGCGCUUCCACCAGCACCUGUGCGCCAAGGCGGCCGGCCGUUUCGGUCUGGGCCGGCGACCGUCGGCCAUGCACCGCCGGGCCAUUGUGCUUCGUCCUGAGAACGCACAGGCCGAGUUUGUGUGGCUGCGCACGACCGGCUGCGGCCAGCUCUGCACAUCUCAGCUGGCCGGCAUCCUCGGCAGCAGCCUCAAGAACCUCCGUCUCUUUGUGGCAGACCGUCCCGACAUCGAGACCGCCGGCCGCCUGAACACGGACGGCGUCGGGCUCAAGACGCUGCCCGGCCACAUGACCGUCGCCAUCCGCAACUGCCAGGACCGGUUCCAGGGCAAGCCCAACAUCCCGCUCUGCACCCUGGCCGGUCCCGGCCGUCUGUACACGCAUCGCGGCAUCCUCCUCCUGGUCUCGCUCUCGACCCGGGCCAUCCGCCUGAACGAGGACCUCUUCGCCCGAGCCGCCGAGAAACCGGAGGCGGAACCGGAGGCGCCGGCUCGCCUCUUCGACCGGAAGGAAGCGUCCAAGAAGGUGCUCGGCCUCGUGCAGGAUAUCUCCAUGUACGACUGGACUGUCGUCGUUCUCUGCGUGCUCAACGACGACAUGCAGGUCAGCGUCGAGGACGCGCGCGUGGCCAUGGCCAAGUCGCCGCUCAUACCGGCCCUCAAGGUCAACUGCUCCGGCCACCAGAUGAUGUGGGACAUUCCGGCCGUCGAGAGAGUGCUGAUCGCCACAGACCGCCGCUCCGAGUCGCUGCUCCACCACGUCUCACCCUAUACCGUCGCGCUCGGUCUGCCCUGGGUCGUCCGGAUCGCCUGGCCGGACGCGCGCAUGGACGACGACGAUAUUCUCGAUCCCAAUGGCGACCGCUUCGUCGGCGUUCUCGGGAGCCACUUCUGCAUGCCACGGGACAAUGCGCCCGCGGAGGUGGCUGCCAUCCAGUGGGACGUCACGGCCGAUACACCUCCCAAUGCCGCCCAUCCGGCGUACAACGAGCUGGGCACCUUUCUCUUUUCCAUCGGCGCCGUCGACUGGGAACAGGUACAGAGCGUCCUCGAUACCAAGACCAACGCCUUCCAGUCGACCGUUGUACGCCACGUGCGGCCACCCGACUUCGGCUCGGACAUGCUGACCACCAUCCACCACCCGUCCUGCUGCGGGUCGUUUUACGUCUUUCACGAGAGUCCUGGCGUGGCCAUCGACAAGCACCAUCUGAUGGCUGUCAACAAGUUCCUCCAGACCAUCUUCACCCACAAGGAGCAGGCAGUGGUUCAGCAGACACGCCAGCGGCCUGCAGGAAACCGCCGGGGAUACAAGACCAUUCCACAGAUCUGCAGUCGCAUCAAUCGGCAGGCCAUGGAAAAGUUCUGGGCUUCGUAUGCCGAAAAAGAAUUCACUCUUCUACCAAGGGCCCAGUUUGUGCCGCACAGCCUAUACGAGACUGGAGCUCCAACGCCGCGAUAUCACGUGACUGCAACCGAGCUGGCCGACGUUCAGGUCCUGAUGAAGGGAAAUGGCUUUUCGAUAGACUGA